CCUCCUCCUCGUCCUCUUCUCCUCCCAUUAUUUUCCUUUCCUCUCAGCCCCAAAUCCUCUUUGCCAAAGCGCACCGCCUUCCGUAUCCAUCACCUCACUCUGCUAAAUUGCGCCUCCACCACUCUCAUCGUUAACCAGCGCGUCUGACAUCCGUAAACCUAAUCCGAAACCAGAGAUAUUAGAUCAUGUCGAACCCAUCUUCUCCCUCACCCCAAAGGGACCCACCGUCGAACACAUCGCCUCCACCACCAUCAGAGCUGCCGCUGGCUCUCCCAGCACCGCCAGCAGCCACGUCCACACCACCGACAGCUACUAUCGUCACACCCAACCCAAGACGGCUCCCACCGCCUUGUUGGUCGCACGAUGAAACCGUCGCCUUAAUCGACGCGUACCGCGACAAAUGGUACACGCUCCGGCGUGGGAACCUCAAGGCGAGCCACUGGCAAGAAGUGGCAGACGCGGUGGCCCGUCGCUGCCCCUUGGCGAUGCCUCCUAAAACGGCCGUGCAGUGCCGCCACAAGAUGGAGAAGCUCCGGAAGCGGUAUCGAACCGAGAUCCAGCGGGCUAGAUCCAUGCCAGUUUCGAGAUUUACUUCUUCUUGGGUCCACUUUAAACGAAUGGACGCUAUGGAAAAGGGACCCAACGUGAAACCCGAUUACAAUUCGGAUAGUCCAGAUGAGGAAAAUGAUGAAGACGACGAAGAAGACCAAGAUCACGACUUUUACGAAGAUGGGUAUAAGAACGGAAGCGUUAAUACGAGAAGUGUACAAAAGUUGUACCGGAAUGGGAUUGGAAACAGCGGUGGAAGCGUCAGCGGUAGUGGCGGCGCUGGUGGUAGUAGCGGUGGGUUUAGGAUUAGGAUUCCUACUGGAGUUAGUAUAGCACAACCAGGGCCAAGAUAUUACGGGAAACUGGAUCAGAAAUAUGGUGCAAGCCCAAAUUCUAACCCUAACCCGAACGCGAAUCCUCACCCUAAUAAGGGUAAUUUUAGUGUUUCGGGGUCCGGGUCGGGUUAUGGGACUAGGGUUUUAAGGGGCUUUGAGGAGACACCAGGGAAAACGGCGGCGUCAGGGAAGAGGGAGAGAGAUGCGGUGGCGGAGAUGGUGGCAGCCAUAAAGGUGUUGGGAGACGGGUUUGUGAGGAUGGAGCAGAUGAAGAUGGAGAUGGCGAGGGAAAUAGAGACGAUGAGGAUGGAGAUGGAGAUGAAGAGAACCGAGAUGAUAUUGGAGUCCCAGCAGAGGAUUGUUGAGGCUUUCGCCAAGGCAGUUUCAGAGAGGAAGAAGAAGCCCAAAAGAAUGCCCUCACCGGAGUCGUGAGACCAAUUCCUUGCAAUAGGGGGAAAAAGGUUCAUUCAUUUGUUUCUGUGCUCGGCCAUGAAGAAGAAGUCGUGGGCAAUUUUGCAGAUGGCAUGGAAACUUUUACUUUAGGGAGAUGGUGUAGGAAGCAGCAAAGGGUAUGUGAUAUAAUGUCAUUUUGAGAUUGUACUAGAUGAGAAAAGCCCUGUCUUUCGGGCGCUUGUAUGUUUCAGAACAGUCGGAAAGUAGUUUUUCAUCAGUUGCCGUUACGGCCUGGCUUUUGUUUUUGUAUGCAUAAUCCAUUUAACAGGUGAAGUGGCAGAGUUAAGGAGUAAUUGUGGAACAGUUUGGCUUUUCUUUAUGGCUGAUCUCAAAGCAGGUAGAAGACUCGGGCAGAUUGCUUCGGAUUAUUAGGUUUCAAUUUGCAAAGAGAUGCACUGUAUUGUCAGCAGUAUUUAUCCUAAUCACAGGGUCAUCAUGAUUGUGCCAUUUGCGUGACAUGAGGUUAAGAAUAACAGAUAUUCUUGAACUAGUUUGGCCAUAGCAAGUUCCGCUCUGUCUCACUUUAUUGCCCACUCGGACUCAAAGCUCUUGCUAACUGUGCUGCAUAACUUAUUAGAUUUAAGUAAAUGAGGGGAAUGCUCCC